AUGAUCAUGAAGUAUAAUGAUGUCAAACUUUUUGGACAUAAGGUUGAUGCUACUUGGUUCAGAGACAUAAGGAAGGCCAGGAAGAAAGGCGGCGUCCUUUUGGAAGAUGCGUAUUUAGAAGACCACCCAUGGGAAUGCGAAGAUUUGGACUCCCACCGCCGAGUAGAUAUUACAGACCACCCUUUGCGAGGCAACGAGUUUCGUCAAGCAAUUCUGGUUCUUCUGAUUCACACGGCUCUGACUCCGAAGGUAGUCACAGUGGGAGCCUGUUCUCCACCUCCGGAAGGUAGUCCAAACAAAACGGAACGCUUGCCGACAAUGGGACUUCAAUCUUCCAGAUCGCCUGUAGAGUCUGGCACGCCCAUACAUCGUGAUUUUACACGACAGCCGGUGGAAAAAGCGAGUACAGUGGAAUCUACCCAACCGGUAUCUGGCACAGUUAGCCCCGCCGUUUCACCGAAAAAGAAACGAUCAAAAAAAUUGAAAAAACAUGGUCGAGGUCAUCGUCAUGGGAAACGCAAACGACGUGAUAAGGAGCUUGUAGCCUAUCUGUCGGGAUCCGAAAGUCCGGAAGUUGAACAGGAACGGUCUUCUUUGCGUCACGGUUAUGAUCAACAGCAGUCACAGUCACAACAACAACAACAACAACAACAACAGCAAGAGCAACAGUUGACGGAAUCAGAAAAGGAACGGAUCCCCAUCACUGGAGGUUGGAAAUCUCCGGAACCACGGAAUCAGAUAGUCUCAGAAAGAUUGACAUUCAAUCUGAAUGAGAGUGAUAUACCAACUAACAAUCACUUUGAAGAGACCGAGAUCACUAUGAUCGAACUGGAGGAAGGCGAAGAGGUAGACGAUGAACAGCCAGUUGACAAUGCGAGCAAGGAGUCAAAGAAUGAAGAUGAACAACGUGGUGAAACAACAAUAACACAAGAGGAAGAUGAAAAUCGUACCAUGGAGACCGAUACCGGACAGAUUUCAUUGGAAGAUAUUUGUUUACCCCAGGAGCCAGUAGCUGAAUCCACCGACCUUCUGGAACCGGACCGAAUGGAAUCCAGAAAUGUCGUUCCCAAAGCGCCACUGCAAACUGCGGCCGAUCGAAUUCCCGAAGGUCCAGCAUUACCGGAUAAUUUUAUUCUCAAUGAACCGGAAGAACCUGUGUACAUUGGUGAAGGCCCGGAUCUACCACCAGAUCAUUAUGCCCAAUCAUCCGGGGGGCCGAGUGAUGAAUCGGAUCGUCCCUGCAAACCCGAUGACCAGAUUGGGUUCAAAUCGACUCUGUGC